ACUUAGGGUUUUCUUUGUCUCUCCCUAUAUAUAGCAUUCUGAUGCACCAAGAAGUUUUUAUUGAGCAAAGAUCAAUUCACAAUGAGUAAUAUUCCAAGUGAAAUAAUGAUAGAAAUCCUUUCAAGACUGCCGGUGAAGUCUGUGGUUAGAUUUAAGUGUGUUUGCAGAUCAUGGCGAUCUCUGCUUAGCCAUCCUGAUUUUGCAAGAAAGCAUUAUACGAAUAACAACAACGAGGACGACAUCAAUUCUUUCCUUGUUUUUAACAGCGCCUCCUCUUAUCGUCGGGCGGAAUUUUCGUGGUCGAAUGGCGAAAAAGAUGGCGAAAAAUUAUUAGAAUCAGCAACGAUGAGACCGAUCAACGAUAAGCUGCAUGCUGAAGUGAAAAGCUUAAAGAAGGCUGAGAUCAUGAAUUCUUGUGAUGGCAUCUUAUGUUUGGUUCUUCGUGUGGAACGCGCAGUGGUGCUAUGGAAUCCAUGCAUUAAUGAAUAUCUGAGCUUGCCUCCGCCUGAGUCGUUCGAUUUUGACAACGAUAUAUUCGGAUUUGGUUACGACUCUCGCAGUCAUAUUUAUAAGGUGGUUAGACCUCUGGCCACACACCACAGGUGGCCUUGUCGCCCGGCUCUUCAAGUCUUGAAUGUAAAUAAUAGCUCCUCGUGGAGAAGUGUUCAUAACCAUUUUCCAUCCAUGCGUAUUUUCAAGCCUAGCAUGUUACUUCCAAGGCCGGAGACACAAGUUCAUCUUAAAGGAAGUCUAUAUUGGAUAGCUAUCCUUCCCGAGAGGGGGGCGUUAUUAGUUCGUUUCGACCUAUCAGAGGAGAGAUUCUGGAAAGUUCCGUCGCCUUUCCAGCUAUCGGGUUUAUACUUUUAUUUAUGCAGUUUAGGAGGAGAGCUUUGUGUAGUAUAUAGACUAAGCACGCGAUCAGAUUCUCUUGAUAUUUGGGUUAUGAAAGAAGAAGAAAAAUGGACUAGAUUGUUUACAGUUCCGUUUUUCAACAGGUUGGGAUCCAUGAAUGAUUAUUUUACGCCGGAUUACUAUUAUACUUACGAAACACUGCCUUAUGAUUGUUUCCGACCAUGUUUCUUCUUUAACAACACUAACGAAGUUGUGAUCCAAUGCAAUUUGGUUAAAGAUUCAUACCUUACCCAUAGAGAUUAUAUGUAUGGCUAUGAGAAGAUGUUAUUAGUGUACAAUUUCCAAAGGAAUUGUUACAGAAGGAUUAACAUUAUUGGUGAUCCGCAUUGGGUUCAAUCAAUUGCUUAUACCCAGACUCUAAUUUCACCGUUUUCCUUCACCUCCACACACAUCUCCAUGCCCAUCAUUUAGUUACAGAGGAUCAUUAUUCUUUUUUUACAAGUGUAACAUAUUUUUUAUGAAAUCAAAUAUUUUGUUAAGUUUGU